GCGGAAGGAGGAAAGCCGAGGAAGGGCGGCGGGGGCUGUGGGGCCUGAGGGGCCUGCGGGGCCUGGGUGACCGGGGAGGACACCAUGGGCCGCCUGCACUGCACUCAAGACCCUGUGCCCGAGGCUGUGGGCGGCGACAUGCAGCAGCUGAACCAGCUCGGCGCGCAGCAGUUCUCAGCCCUGACAGAAGUGCUUUUCCACUUCCUCAUGGAGCCAAAAGAGGUGGAACGGUUUCAGGCUCAACUCUCUGAAUUUGCCAGCACCAAUCAGAUAAGUCUUGGCCCCCUCAGAGGCAUUGUGAAAAGCCUCCUGCUGGUCCUGUAUGGUGCCUUGAAAAAGAGUCUCACAGCCGAGCAGGUGCGGGCUGAUUUCAUAACUCUGGGUCUCAGUGAGGACAAAGCCACUUACUUUUCAGAAAAGUGGAAGCAGAAUUCCCCCACCCUUGCUCGAUGGGCCGUAGGUCAGACUCUGAUGAUUAACCAGCUUAUAGAUAUGGAGUGGAAGUUUGGAGUGACAUCUGGGAGCAGUGAAUUGGAAAGAGUGGGAAGUAUUUUUUUACAAUUGAAGUUGGUGGUUAAAAAAGGAAACCAAACUGAAAACUUGUAUAUAGAAUUAACCUUGCCUCAGUUCUACAGCUUCCUGCACGAGAUGGAGCGAGUCAGAGCCAGCAUGGAAUGCCUCAGCUGA